UGCUGUUCAUUUUGUGGAUCACUCACUUAUCGCUUGUUUUGGCACUUGUUUUCUUUUAUGGAUGGAUGAUCCCAUUGCGCGGACACGUCGUCAGCACACCAUCCCAUACGCCAACACCGCUAUCUACUUCCUCAGCUGCGUACUAUUUUUCAAGGAUACACCCCUCGCAGUGAAUACCUUUAGACGCCGAGAAAGAAGGGUUGACUGGCAAGGAAAAAAAAUAGUAUGGGUUGGGGGAACAAUUAGUAUGGUUGCUGCACACUUCUUUGUCACCCGUUAAAACAUAAAGGCAUCUUCAAUGGGUGUCUAUUUUUCUUUUCCAAGACAGUUGAAUCGGAAUGCAUCGGGACUCAGCAAAACCCUUCCCAAGCUUUUUUUUUAUAAUUUUUUCAAUUUUCAGAUCGCUCGGCUGGCCAAGUUCUCUUAUGCAAGCUCGUUUGGAAGCUAUUAAAAAUCAACUACAGGUUGGGAUAUAAUUUUCACAUCUGCAUUGUAUGCGCACUCUCC